AUGUCGUACCUCGCCGACCAAUUGAAAGAGAAGGGCAAUCUCGCAUUUCGAGCGGGCGAUUAUCAAGAAGCAGAGAACUUGUACACGCAGGCCGUACAGAAGUACAGUCGCAAUCAGCUCAUCUUCACCAAUCGCGCCAAUGUCAGAUUAAAGUUGCAGAAAUGGGACGACGCGGUGAACGACUGCCUGAAGUCCAUUGAGAUUACGGGCCAAGGGCAGAAUCAUAAGGCGUACUAUUUUUUGGCACAAGCACAGCUUGCAAUGCAUCACCCACACGAAGCACUCUCAUCAGCAUUGACAGCCUACGACCAGGUUCUCCACCCUGCACCGGCGACAAAAGUGACGUCUCAAGACCUGCAAACAUUCUCCCAGUUUGUGCUUCGCUGCAAGAAAGAAAAGUUUCGAGCUCGCGACAGAGAACGCUUACGACGACAAGGCGACUUACGAGCAGAGUAUGAGGAGACUUUGGAGCAGAAUCGACAGCGUGACCUCGACGACAUCGCGAAUCAAUUACAUUCGGGACAACUUGGUACUAUCGAGGCCUCGGAACGCAGUCAGGAAAUCAACUCGAAUCACGAGAAGAAGCUCACCACUUUACGAACACUAUUCGAAGCGGCAGAUCCUAAGAACCAUAAGCCUCGAGAGAUUCCAGAUCAUCUGGUCGACAUGAUCACUUUUGAGCCCAUGCAUGAUCCGGUCAUCACCAAGAACGGCCACUCCUACGAACGCGCUACCAUAUACGAGCAUUUGAAGCGCACGCAUACGGAUCCGUUGACCAGAGAACCUUUGAAGGUUGACGACUUGCGCAACAAUUAUGGACUGAAAGCCGCUUGUGACGAAUUUUGGGAAAGUGGUGCGAGCCAGUGGAUUGUUGACUGGUAGGACGCGGUAUCGACUCUGCACUGAGCAGAGCACUGAGCAGCUUCAUCAACGAAUGUGGACCAGAGGAAGCACCACUGCUUGGCGAAGUAACAGUAUUGGAUGGCUGUCCUCAAAACUGGCAGUUACACCUACCUUUUGUCGUCAUGCUGUCUCCAAAAGCUGCUUCCCAAGCACCGAUGUUCCCAGCGACCCGGCAGUUCCAAUGGACCCAUGGCAGCCACUUCGAUUAUGCUAUAUGAGAAGACCG